AUGCUUGAAUCUCCAUACCGUUCAACUCAAGGUCGUAAGGCUAUUCGUACAUUAACUGCCCCACUAUGUUUUAAUAAUUCUGAAAAAAUAUGUGCCACAAAUAAAAAUCUAUCGCGAUAUUGUUUGGAUUCACCAACUACAACAUCUCAACCAAAUCUAAAUGGUCGAGUAUCGAGGUCAGAUAUAAGCUCUAGUAAUGACCAUAUUGAUCGUAAAUUAUCUGUAAACGGAGUACUUGAACUUAGAGACCGAUCUCUACCUGGUACAAUUUCAAAACAAGAAGUUCAUUCGGUAUAUAGUUUACAUCAACAUCGUAAAAACACAUAUAUUCGAAUUCAAGAUCCUAUAAAUAGUGAAAAUCGAUCACCAUCAAGGCAAACACGAAGAAAAGAAGUUAUACGUUGUUGGAGUCGAGAAAGAGUUACAAGAAGUGAAACUAUUUUAAGUAUACGUCCACCUUCAUCAAAACAAACUGAAAAAAAUAUAGAAAGUAAUAAUUUAUGCAAAUCUCGGCUUACUGCUUCAACAUCUGCCUUUAGUACUUCUAUUUUUUUACCGAUAAUAAAUAAAAGUGAAAGUUUUUCAUCACUACCAACUACAAUACGUCAUAUUCCAAUUCAAUUAGCUGAUAAUCAUUUAACUGAUAUACAACCAAUAACUAAUGAUACAUUAAAAUCAAUUUCAAUUUCUAAUCAAUUUUCUGGAAUUAAAAAGCAGAUUUCAAAUAAAUUACAAAACCUUUCUUUCUCUCCUAUUGAAUAUUCAGAGUAUAUAGACAAUUCCACACAAAUAUUAAGUAAUCUGGAAUCUUCAAUUGAACAAAAUUCAAUUUUUACAGAGAAUCCAUUGUCAACUACAAAAAUUAAUCAUGAAAAUGAUAAUAUGAAUAAUCAAAAUGUUGAAUUAAAUGAGAUAAUUAAAAGACAAAUUAAUGAAUUUCAGAAAGAUAGUACAGUGAUGCAAAUCAAUGAAACUAGAAUAGAUUCACUUCCUUCUUGUAAUAAUAGUAAUAAUAAUAAUAAUGGUGAUGAUGACGAUGAAGAUAGUUCAACUAGUCGUUAUAGUACUGCAGAAUCAUCACCAUGUGAAGACUUUGAACCAAAUAUUAAUAAAAUUAAUCAAAUAAACAACCAUAAUAUUAUUAAUCAAAAUAACAAAAUUAUUGGAGAAAAAAUCGACAAACUAGAACAAAAUAAAAAUAUAAAAGGAAAAUUAACAAAUUCAACAAUGAAUAAUCAAAGUGUAGCAUUAGAAUUUCGAACAAUUGUUCAACGAGAUGAAUAUGGUUAUGGAUUUCGAGUUUGUGGAAAUAAACCAGUAUCGGUACAUAAUGUUCGGAAAGAUGGUAAUGCAGAGAAAGCUGGUCUCAAGGCUGGAGAUCAAAUUAUUGAAGUGAAUGGUAUUUCGGCCACUGAUCUCAAUCAUGAAGAUGUCGUUGAGCAGAUUCGCUCGCGAAACCAAGUCUCUUUAAGACUCAGAAGAUUACGUUAUCAAGUGGUUGAUGGCUUAACUGGAUAUCGAGUAGGCUCUAUGAGAAAUUUAACUUGUAAUGAAGCUCCAAUUCUGAGAUCACAACAACGUCAUCAUUACCAAAAACGUCGAUCAGUUCGAGAGUCUUCAUCAAUAGGAAAUACAGCGUCUGCUGUAGUUAGACGAAGACCUCGUCUUGGAACCCAAACAUUCAAAAUAGCUCGAAGUUGUUCACCCCCUCCGUUAGCGUCAGUUGAUUCAAUGAAUGAUUCAAUAGGUCCACAUACAGAUGAAGAUAUUGAUUGGAGAAAAGAAGACGAGACUAACUUAGAACCUAACCCCAGUUUAUCUCCCCAAAUACCUCCAACCAAUGCAGCUAGCUUACCUCCCACAUCCAGAAUGGUUCGACCUCGUUCUAGUAUUGGUCCCAGUGAUCAUACCAGUAAAGAAAGACCUGUUAGUUCAGGACCUGAUAUGUUUGGCCUCUUCAAAAGGGGCUCAGUCAAGGACGUAAAUCAUCCAGAAUGUCUAAAGGAGGAAGAUAGUUCUAUGGAUGGAUCAUCUCGUGAUACCACAACUGCGAAUAAUAAGAAUAACAGUAAUGGAAGUGGUAGUAGUAGCAGUUGUAGUUCUAAAUCGUUAUCUCGAAUGUCUUUCCCUGGUCAUUCUAAAUCUAAUGGUGCGUCAAAUAAGAAAACUACCGGUAAUCUGAAGGAUCAGUCAACGUUUUCUAGUAGUACACCACCUCUUGGUCGUGUAAUGGGUAGGAAUUUCGACGAUGAAGGUGAAAGUGAUCUUAGCAAUGCAAAUGAUCUUGCUCACUUAUCAUCAGAAUUCGACAGUGCAACGUCAGUAUUGAAUAGUCCGGCUAAGUUUGCUAUGUUUAUUGAUUACUUGUUUUCUCAUAAACGAGAUCCUACAUGGACGCUUUUCCACAUUGUCAACCAAUACUUUCAACGAUCAAUGGCUUCAUCAAAAGAAUUGUUUAAAGAUGAGAAACGUGUUUGUCUGGAGAUAUUUACAACGUUUCUACAUGAAAAGUCUCCGUUGCGUUUAGAUGUACGAACUCCAGUUGUGUUGAAGUCAUUUGAUUUUAAUGAAUGCUCAAAAUUGUUCAAUCUUAUUGAUCAACAAUGUUUGAAUCAAAUUGAAGUACAAGUUUCCAAAUUAGCUGAGGCAAUUAAUCUAGGUAUGGAUACAUGGUGUCUUUCUGAGCCAAUUGAUUUCGUUCUAUUUCGUAAUAAAGAAGAAGAAUUGGCAUGUUUCGAAUCGCGUCUAAGUAGUUACCUUGAUGCGUUGCAUCAACUGUUUACCGGAAGUUGUACAGAUAAUCCAAUCGCUCUUAGUAUAUGUCGAUUGCCAAACACAUCUGGAUCAGUUACAUAUGAACAAAUUACUCAGGCAAUUACCACUUGUUUGGUUACAGCUCACCGGUAUUAUUCCAUAUCUCAGAUAUCAAGUGCAGAUUAUCCUGAAACUAGAGAUUCUGGACAUUCUAUUAGACAUAGUCUUUUUGCAAGAUCUUUUGAGAAUUUAACUACAUCAGCAUUGGGUUUAGGUAGUGUAUCAGGUAGCAUUGGAAGUGGACUGUCAUCUGCUGGUUCACAUUUAUGGACAAAAUUAACUCCAUAUUGUGCUAAAUCAAAACAAAAAUCACAUUCUUUGCUUAAUCGUAAAAGUAAAUGGUCUCACAAAGGUCAUUUAUUUUAUGAAUACACUUACGAACGUAUUGCUGAUUGUGGUGUAUGUGGAUUUUUAUUAUGGGGACUCAAUUCACAAGGUUUCAAUUGUAAUAAUUGUGAUCUAUUUAUACACUUAAAAUGUAAAAAUGGUAUUCGAGAUCAUUGUAGUAGGGAAGGUCGUAGAACAACGGGCGUCACAUCUGCAAAUGUUUUAAGCGGUAUACUUGGUAGCAUACCAAAUCUAACAAUGGAUACACAUGUUCCAGGUAACACACCGUAUGAAUCAUGUAAUAAAGUCCCCUUAAAUUCCAAUCAAAUCGGUUCGAGUGAUUUUAUUCAUCACGGUUAUUCUGCUCAUCGACGUUGUGAUUCUGAUACACGUCAUAAACAAAAGAAAGCUAAUACACUAAAAGAUUUUCAUCUCUUACCCUCAUUUCUUCAUCGUAACAACAAUGCUAACUCACUUGAUAAUCCACUUGACGCUGUUGCAUCACUAGACGAGACAAUUAAUUCAUCUUGUCAAGAUAGUACUUAUAGUUCUGGGUUGAAUGAAACUGCUUCAAUAUCGGGCAGUGGGGGUGGUGACACAUCUAUCAACUUUCCUUCACCAGGAUUAUCUAAACGUGAUUCCAUUUCAUCAAUGUCAGUUGGAUCCACAUGUCAAACUCCUGUGGAUUCUUAUUUACAAUCUGGUAUUGGUCAAACAGACAAAAUUAAAUCGAAUGGAGAGGAAUUUGGGAUUAUGGGAAAUGAUUCGCGUUAUGUAAAACAAAUGAAAAAUCUAUACGAAGGAAGUGAAAUCAUUCAAGAAACAAUUCCGACGUCUCGAAGUGAUAGUGUCGUUUCGAAUAUUUCCUCAAAUCUACCUACACCAAGUAGCUCAACAGGUCCUUGUGAUCGUCCAAUCGAAACAACAUUAUCACCAUCUUCAUCAUCCUUAAGUAGUCCUGUAUCAAAUAUCAAUGAGACUGUACGUGAAUUAGUUACUACAGAUUGGAGCGAUGAUCCAGAAAUGAUUGCAGGAGCAAGUUUUGAAGCAGCAGUUGAACUACGAGCUCAGUUUCCUAAUUUUCAAAUGCCUAGUAAAGGUCAAAAAAGUGAAGAGUAUAUUCGUACACUAGUUCUGUUGGAAUUUCAUCAAAAAACUCAAUAUAUGGUUCGUCAUUUGAAACAAUACGAGUAUUUAUUAUUACGUCGUUGGCCUGUGGAACAUGCAAAAUUGGCUAAAAUUUUAUGCCUUGAUCAAAUUCCUAUAUUAAUUGAUCUUUUUCGUAGUCUCGUUACUUGUAUUGAUCAUACGAAAACCGAACAAGGUUAUCAUGGUAUGGCUGAAGCAGUUCUAGCCUGGUUAACUGAUAAUUCAUCGGCUAAUUUAAAAACAUGGGCUCGUCAUUGUCAAGCUCUUUCAUGUUCAAAUAUGUUAGAAAGUGUUCGACAUUCUGUUCGUGAUUAUGUGCGGCGACAUCCAGAUAUUGUGCCUUUAUUACAAACUAGGCAUAAUAAAUUUGUCUUAAUUGAAGGUUUAAAACAGAUGCGAAUUCUUUACUUUAAUUUACCAUUAAUUGCAAAUAAUAUUGCAAAAGAUUUGGAAAAAAGAACUAAAAUAUACAAAGGUGAGGCUAAAAUUUGGCAACAAAUCCAACUUAAAUUGGCCAGUUUACCACAAACUAUCGAUAAUGUUUGUAUGCCUCUUGUUAAACGAAUUAAUCUUGGUCAAUUAUGUACUAGCUUGGAUAAAAAAGAUAUUUUGUCUAAACCACUUCCGGAUUUAUUAUUACCAUUUCAGAAUUUACUUUUAAACUUUCCUCGUGUAUUAUUUCAUCAUUGGGUUGUUGCACAUGCUGAAGUAACGGUUGAUAAAUUAACAGCGAAUCGAUCAAAUAAAGUAAAUCAUGAUUAUAUUUGUGAACGAACUGAAAUGUUAGCUAUUCUCUUGCACAAUGCACUUAUUUUAAUGGUGAAGGAUGGUGAACGUUACAUUUUACGUAGUUUUAAAGCUGUACGUGAACAAGGUGGUGGCAGUGGUAGUAGCGGGAACUCCAGUACUUCUGCUUCUAAUAGUAGUGCUGUUGAACGUCUUUCCAGCUUUGGAUCGCCUGGUACAUUUAGUGAUAAAGAUCGACCCAACUCAGGCAAUCUAUCUGGUUAUUCUUCUAUCUCUUCAUGCAGUUCUCUUAGUUCUUAUUCGCCUAAUUCAAAUGCUCAAUCACAUACAAGUCUUGUUUCAGCAGCAGCUAGUGCUGCAGUCGCCAGUAUGACUGAUCGUUCGUCGACAUCGUUGGGAAGCUCAAAACUUGUUCCUAUAUUCCCAUUGAUAGAUGUGUUUACUUCGUGUGGUGAAAAGUUUGGUGGUGAUCAUCUAUUAAAUAUUGUCUUUAUGAAGCAAACAGUUUUGAUCCGGUUAUUGUUCUCAAAAGAAGAUGAAAGACAAAAUUGGUCAGCUUAUAUUCAAGAAAAUAGUGUGACUACACAAAGUAUUGAUCGACAACGUGUGUUGAAACCAACUGCUUCCGCCGCCUCUUCACCAUCAUCGUCAUCUACUCAAAGUCGGUCAACAAUCGGUAUAACUUCUGAAUCGCUUAUUUCUAAAACCUCAGGUAAUACACAUACAGCUGAUGACGUUUCAGUUAUUACUCCUCAACCAUCAACCCAAGAUUUAAAAACUUCAUUCGGUAAACUUCCUACUACAUCAUCAACUAUUACAAAUGAUGAUAAAACUACCUACCCAUCAGAUAUUAACAGCACUGAUCUAAUUCCUUCCGGAGAAGAAUCCACUGUAUUUGUUGAUAAAUUACAAACUGCUAUGAAUGAACUAUUAGAACAAACACAACAAAUUAUUUGUGAAAAAUAUAAUAUAUCUAAAGAAGAAUUAGCCAAUGCAAUGAAUGAGGGCGAUGACGUAGAUGAUAUCUUGAAUCCUGGAAAAAUCCUGUUGUUCCAAAUAAAAUAUUUCGCAAAAUGUUACAAUUUAAUAACUCGAACUCUUGCUCCACAACCUUCAACAUAUUUUCUAAAUCAAAUACAAAAUCAUCUUGAAUCUAUAAACGAUGAAGGUCAUCAAGAACUCGAAAUGUUAAUGCGGCAAAAGAAAAGACAAAGCUCAUUGUCAUGGACAGAAGGUUAUCUAGAGUCACUUAGCCGGAACCCUGUACUAAAUAUUGGAAGCAACAAAGUAAUUGGUAGUAUUGAAUCAGAAAGAUCUCGGUUUAAUGUUAUCGAUGCUCAACCAGAUGACUCCAUCUCCAAAGCUACACAUUCGUCACCAAACUUAGUCGGUUCAGAUAGCGAACGUGGUCGUAUUGAGAUUCAAGACAAGCGAAAAUCUAAACGCCGAUCAAGGAAGUCUGAAGCAGGUCCUGUUUCAAAUUUGGAUUUCACUUUCUUUGAUAACUUAUUGAAUAAGGAAUUAAUUACAAUGGCUCCAGUAUUUGCAAAAUCUGUCAUGUGUUUGUGCAAGUUAACUCAUCAAGACCCAUCGCCGAAUAAUUUAUUAAAAGGAUCUACUAGUUCAAGAAAAAGUUUAUCAAGACCAUCUGUUCAAAUCGAUUCUCAAAUUCAUUGGACUAAAGUUGACGAUAUUGAAUGUCCAGUCAUUGGGAGUACUGAAGAAGUUGAAGAUGAAGAAGUUAGAACAUUGGCGAAUUCUAUCAUCGAUUUAUCUUGUUCACAAACAACUGACACAUUAAAACUGGACACACUUUCCACUGAACAAUCGGAUGCAUUGCAUAGUAGAUUUGAUUUGUCUGUGGAUAAUUCAGACCAAGACUUGAAUUCAGUCGCUGCACAACUUGUGUCUGAUGUGUUGGAAAAUGCCAAAAACUAUUUCUCAAAUCAUAUCACAAAAUCUAAUGAUACAGAACAGAAAACAGUGAAUGUUAUUCGUGACAGCGGAUGUGCACCAUCUGCCACAGAUGAAGAUGAAGAUUAUUAUUAUGAAGAAGAAAUUGAUGAUGAUGUUGAUGAUGACCACGUGAAUAACGAUGAAACAGUCGAAGAAAUAUCAGAAAAUCAUAACGAUAUCUUAACAUCAUCUGGGACUAUUUCCACUUCAGACACUUCAACUCCUAAAUUCGUGGGCGUUGCUUCUACUUUUGAUGAUGCUUCAUUGGAUCAAUAUAAUCAGUUAGAUAAGACAUCGUCUUUACACGAUGAUUUACUCAUUGAUAAUGAUGCUAUUGAUGUUGUAGCACCAUGUCCUGCUAUUUUUAUGUCUGGAACUACCACUCCUAUUGAUUCUUCUACUAUUACUACAACAACAGCAAAUAUUAUUACUAACACUAGUACUACGAUAACAACAAACAUUGGUCGUAAUGACUCUCAGAAGUCAACCACUUCAAGUGGAUAUGUCGACUCUAGUGAUGAUUAA